ACCAGUGAAAGGCGUUUUCUCGUUCCCGCUCUCCUUUCCUCGCCGGCUAGCACCAUGGGAUGUAAUAUGUGCGUGGUCCAGAAACCGGAGGAGCAGUACAAAGUGAUGCUUCAGGUAAACGGGAAGGAGCUCUCCAAGCUGUCUCAGGAGCAAACCCUGGAGGCCCUGCGCUCCUCCAAGGAGCCCCUGGUGAUCCAGGUGCUGAGACGAAGCCCCCGCCUCCGGGGGGAUGGCUCCUGCCAUGACCUGCAGCUGGUGGACAGUGGCACUCAGACUGACAUCACGUUCGAGCAUAUCAUGGCGCUGGGCAAGCUGCGCCCGCCCACCCCGCCCAUGGUCAUCCUGGAGCCGUACGUCCUGUCUGAGCUCCCCCCCAUCAGCCAUGAGUAUUAUGAUCCAGCGGAGUUCUUGGAGGGCGGCCCGCAGGAGGCAGACCGUAUGGACGAGCUGGAGUAUGAGGAGGUGGAGCUGUAUAAGGCCAGCCACCGGGACAAGCUGGGCCUGAUGGUUUGCUACCGCACCGAUGACGAAGAGGACCUGGGUAUCUACGUUGGAGAGGUGAAUCCCAACAGCAUUGCAGCCAAAGACGGCCGGAUCCGUGAGGGAGACCGAAUCAUCCAGAUAAAUGGUGUGGAUGUCCAGAACCGGGAAGAAGCGGUGGCCAUCUUGAGCCAGGAGGAGAACACCAACAUCUCCCUGCUGGUGGCCCGGCCUGAGAGCCAGCUGGCAAAGCGAUGGAAGGAUAGUGACCGGGAUGACCUACUGGAUGACUUGGCCUUAGAGAAUGAGGGGGACCCGCGAGUGCGGAAGCUGAAAUCGCCCCCCGCCCAGCAGCUUGGAAACGAAGAGGAACAAGGGGUCCCCGAUGUGGGCCCAGGCCUGAGCAACAGCCAGGAGCUGGACAGCGGGGUGGGUCGGACUGAUGAGAGCACCCGAAAUGAGGAGAGCUCCGAGCACGAUCUGCUGGGGGAUGAGCCCCUGAGCACCACCAACACGCCCGGGACUCUGCGCAAGUUUGGCUUGCAGGGGGACGCCCUGCAGAGCCGAGACUUCCACUUCAGCAUGGACUCCCUCCUGGCCGAGGGGGCUGGGCUGGGGGGUGGUGACGUCCCUGGCCUCACUGAUGAGGAGUAUGAGCGCUACCGCGAGCUGCUGGAGAUCAAGUGCCACCUGGAGAACGGCAACCAGCUGGGCCUCUUCUUCUCACGGGCCUCGGGCGGCAACAGCGCCCUGGACGUCAACCGCAACGAGAGCCUGGGCCACGAGAUGGCCAUGCUGGAGGAGGAGCUACGGCACCUGGAGUUUAAGUGCCGGAACAUCCUGCGGGCGCAGAAGAUGCAGCAGCUGCGGGAGCGCUGCAUGAAAGCCUGGCUGCUGGAGGAGGAGAGCCUUUACGAGCUGGGGGCUGGCGAGCCCAAGAAGCAUGAGCUGUCCGACAUCUCCGAGCUGCCCGAGAAGUCUGACAAGGACAGCACCAGCGCCUACAACACCGGGGAGAGCUGCCGCAGCACGCCACUGAUCACCGAGCCCCAGCCGGAGAGCCCCCUGAGGCGGGCCGCUGCUGGCAACUCCAACUUGAACCGGACCCCUGCUGGUCCCCCUGUCGCCACCCAUCCCAAGGCGGCUCCUCCUCCACAGGGGAGCCCCUCCAAGUUCCGAUCCCUCUCUCGGGACCCCGAGGUGGGUCGGAGACAGCAUUCAGAGGAGCGUGUCCGCCGCAGCCCCAAGACGGGGGUGACCCUGGAGCGCGUGGGCCCCGAGAGCAGCCCUUACCUCUCUCGGCGCCACCGAGGCCAGGGCCAGGAGAGUGAGCAUUACCACAGCUGCUUGCAGUUGGCCCCGCCACGUGGCCUGGAGGAGCUGGGCCAUGGCCCCUUGGUCUUGGCUGGUGGCCCUCGGGUGGGUGGAGCAGCGGCGGCCACCGAAGCACCCCGCAUGGAGUGGAAGGUCAAGGUUCGAAGCGAUGGGACCCGCUAUGUGGCCAAGCGGCCCGUGCGUGAUCGCCUCCUAAAAGCCCGGGCCCUGAAGAUCCGGGAGGAGCGCAGCGGCAUGACCACUGACGACGACGCAGUGAGUGAAAUGAAGAUGGGCCGCUACUGGAGCAAGGAGGAGCGGAAGCAGCACCUGAUCCGGGCCCGGGAGCAGCGGAAGCGGCGCGAGUUCAUGAUGCAGAGCCGGCUGGAGUGCCUGAGGGAGCAGCAGAACGGCGACAGCAAGACUGAGCUCAACAUCAUCGCCUUGAGCCACCGCAAAACUAUGAAGAAGCGGAACAAGAAGAUUCUAGACAACUGGAUCACCAUCCAGGAGAUGCUGGCCCACGGCACUCGCUCGGCCGACGGCAAGCGGGUCUACAACCCUCUGCUUUCGGUCACCACCGUCUGAGCCACCGUGAUGGGAGCCGGGCUGUGCCCCAGGGCGGGGGCCCUCCGCCCCAGUCCGGGUCCAGUGAGCCUCCAGGAACCCCUAUCCCCUACUUUCCCUUAGAAUCUAGUAUGUGUGUGUCUGUGUGUACGCACAGGCCUUUUUUUUAACAGAGAGAAGCCCCCAAGGAGAAGGGGCACCCCUUGAGCUGUGUGCACGUGUGUGUGACACGAGCCCAGGCACACGCACGCGCACACGCUCAUGCACACCACUCCAGUGCUCUCUCAGCAUGGGUACUUAGGGACAGGGAAGUCAGCUGAGCACAAGAGAAUGUCCAGCUUUGAGCUGAACAUAGCUUCUCCCCCUGCUGGGAGCCUCCACUAUUUGUAGAAAAAGGCAACCCUGAUUUUUGUGGUUUUUCUCUUCUUCUGUGCUUGCCACUUGUUUUUCUGUUUUGUGGACCUGCCCUGGGGGCUGGCAGCUCCUUCAGGCAGCCUGUCAAAGGUGGAACCCCCUAGU